AUCAGCACCCGAGGAAAGGAGCUGGCGUGCAAACCCAGCCGCUAUCUCUGCGUCACCUGGAACACAGGAGCAGCACAGGCGGCAUGGACCUGAACAACGUGAGGCGCGUUUCCUCUGCGGGAUACCGUUUACCGGAGCGAGCCAGGCCGAAAACAACAGAGUCUCUAGCGGACCGGGACCGGGCCCGCCUCGGGAAAGGAGACGCGGUGCCCGUGGAAAGGAACCCAGACAGGAGGGACCCCGUGAAGCAAGACCAGGUGUGGAAGGAGCUGGUGUGGGGGGAGAGGAGAGGAGUGCGGGAAUGGGAGAAGAACUGGAAUUUCCUCAGGAACUAUGAUCAGAUGGGGCGGCUGAAGCCAGAGAAGCCGUUACCAAGCUACGUGCCACUCUUCUCUGACCGCGUCCCCAACACCACCAACCAGAUGUUUGGCAGCAGGCUGUCCACUCCUCUGGGCAGCAAUCUGGUUAAACUGGACAGGCUUUCGCUCUGGUCUGGAAGCAACCACCGCCGCAAGCUGGACCCAGAGAUGCUGCCCUGCUAGAGCUCUGAACACCAGACUACUGUCACCUGGACCUGUGCACAUCAGAGCCAGACUGCACUGUCCUUAUGUAGGGACUAGAUGAGUUGGCUUGGUGUAGCACAAACGUUAGUAGAUUACAGACAUCUACUUUGAAGUAUAUCAGGUGGAAAUUAGGAAUAGUAAGAUUGGUUUUGCUGUCCUAAAUCUGCUAAUUUAUCAGUUAUAUCAUCCAAUGAUCAUACAGAAGUGUAUUCCUUUAUUCAUAGGUUUAGGUUUAGAAGUUAAUGUUGAAGACAUUUGCUCAGCGAUAAGACAGCUGAGAAGGGAAAUUUAAUUCAUGUCAUUCGAGCUCAAUCAGCUGUUUGAUCUGACACUUGAUAAACGAACCGGAUACCUGAUCAAAUUUAGAUGAGUGUCACCACCUCAUUACAUCGUUCUCUGCGCACUCAAAACAGUGACAAAAAAACUAGAAAAACAAAUUCCAGCAAAGAGUUUAGAAACAUAAAAUGGGAGUGUUUCUUGCCGAUGCUAUAAGCCUAUAGUAUAUAUUGUUGUGUUUUCUUUUUUCAUUUCAAUUUUAAAUGCCUUAAAAAGCUGUCACAUAUUAAUAUGUUUGCCAUGAUGUUCAAGCCAUUGAUCCAUGUUGGACGCAUGGAAUUCUAUUCCUUUAUUUUGUGUGCUUUUUAUGAGGAUAUAGCUUUCACUGACUCAUCUGCACCUUAUGUGUUGUAACAGCUUUAAAAUACUUUUAUGUAUAUUGUUAUAAAUCACUGCCCUUAUGUCUACAUUUGAAGAAAAAUGUUGUCCAUGUUGAAUUUUGAAAACAUAUGAU